CGGGUUUUGUUGUGAAAACCUGGCAACCCUGAGCUCCACUGUCAUGGCGGAGACGGAGCGGAGUAGGAGCUGAUUCAGGAAGAGAUGGCGCUGUAAAGUGGGUUACCGCUGAAACUUCACUCCAGCAGUUCCCACAGCGAACGAGAGGAUUGUCUUCUCUUCGGAGGGAUCCCUGAAAGCCAAUGUCGGACGUUUCUUGCCUUAUAUUUUGUAGUUUUUUGCGGCUUAUCGGUGCGACUAACGUUACCUGCGCGGAAUCUCUUCAGCAUCGCUGUUUCCUGUUUGACGCGCAAACACCUCAAUGACAUUUUUGUUUAAAUGUCUUUCCUUUACUAAUCCGGUGGAGAUCGACAAGCAUUGUGUUUCGUAUCUAGGCUCACCACAGUGCGGUUUUGUCCUCCUUUUGACAAGUUUAUAGCUGUUUUUCUUCUCCACAGUAGAAUAAUUCCUGUCAGUCAGGUUAGUGACAUCAACCGACGCUUCCCGCCGAAAUUAACGGAUAAACUGGCCGUGAAUGGAGACCAGGACCUGUUCUUCACCUCUGUCAACUUAACGAGAGCAAUAUUUUCCGUACGUUUCCCCAUAGUUUAACUCGACGGUAGGGUCAGACAGGUGUCCCACCUGUUCCCCUCUCACCUGUCUCCGUCAUGGCGAGCGCAGGUGACAGCGCUGUCGGGAUUCCCAUCCGAGGAAUCCGCAUGAAGUUCGCCGUGCUGGCGGGGCUCCUGGAGGCUGGUGAAGUCUCCAACCGGGACAUUGUGGAGACGAUCUUCAAUCUGCUGGUCGGUGGACAGUUUGAUCUGGAGAUGAACUUUAUCAUCCAGGAGACGGAGAGCAUCAUCUGCAUGGUGGAGCUGCUGGAUAAAUGUGACUCCACUUGCCAGGCGGAGGUGUGGAGUAUGUUCACCGCCGUGCUGAAGAAGAGCUUGCGAAACCUGCAGGCCUGCACUGAUAUCGGCCUCAUCCAGCUGGUGCUCCAGCGCAUAGACCGGGUCGACACCAUGAUCGCAGAUCUGAUGGUGGACAUGCUGGGUGUGCUCGCCAGCUACAGUAUCACAGUGAAGGAACUGAAGCUGUUCUUCAGUAAACUGAAAGGAGAACAAGGCCAAUGGCCUCCUCAUGCUGUCAAGCUGCUUUCCGUGCUGAAGUGCAUGGCUCAAAGAAAUGGCCCAGAUUCCUUUUUCAGCUUCCCAGGAAAGAGUGCUGCGGCUAUUGCACUUCCACCUAUCGCAAAGUGGCCAUACCAGAACGGCUUCACCUUCCACACCUGGCUGCGCCUGGACCCCAUCAAUAACAUAAACGUUGACAAGGACAAGCCUUAUCUAUACUGCUUCCGCACAAGCAAAAGUUUGGGCUAUUCUGCACACUUUGUGGGCGGGUGUCUGAUUGUCACCUCUCUAAAGUCCAAAGCCAAAGGCUUCCAGCACUGUGUGAAAUACGACUUCAAACCCCAGAAGUGGUAUAUGGUGACCAUAGUGCAUAUCUAUAAUCGCUGGAAGAACAGCGAAAUCAGCUGCUAUGUCAAUGGAGAGUUGGCGUCAUAUGGUGAGAUCACCUGGUUUGUCAACACGAGCGAUACAUUUGACAAGUGUUUUCUGGGCUCAUCAGAGACAGCAGACGCUAACCGUGUGUUCUGUGGUCAGAUGGGGGCAGUGUAUCUGUUCAGUGAAGCUCUCAGUGCUGCUCAGAUAUUAGCCAUCUAUCAGCUGGGGCCUGGAUACAAGGGCACUUUUAAGCACAAGGCAGAGAGUGACCUGCUGUUUGCAGAACAUCAUAAGAUGCUGCUGUAUGAUGGAAAGCUGUCUGCCAGUAUCGCCUUCACCUAUAAUCCUCGAGCCACUGACGCUCAGCUGUGUCUGGAGUCCUCUCCCAAGGACAAUGCUUCCAUCUUUGUGCACUCACCACACGCCCUCAUGCUGCAGGACGUCAAAGCUGUGGUGACACACUCGGUUCAGAGUGCCAUCCAUUCUAUAGGAGGAGUUCAGGUUCUUUUCCCCCUGUUUGCACAGCUGGAUUUCCUACAGCACAGCGGCGACGAGCUGGACUCUUCCAUCUGUUGCACACUACUGUCAUUUGUGAUGGAGCUGUUGAAGGGCUCUGUAGCUAUGCAAGAGCAGGUGCUGUCCUGCAAGGGCUUUCUUGUCAUUGGUUACUCACUGGAGAAGUCUUCCAAAGUACACGUGACACGACCUGUGCUGGACAUUAUCCUUGCCUUCGCCCGUUGUCUUAGCAACCUUCCUACUGGAGUUUUGCUCUUGAAACAGCUGUGUGACCACAUCCUUUUCAACCCUACCAUUUGGAUUCAUGCCCCAGCUAAGGUACAGCUGGUUCUCUACACCUACCUGGCCACAGAAUUCAUCAGCACCGUCAACAUCUACAACACCAUCCGCAGAGUUGGAACUGUACUGCAGGUCAUGCAUACACUCAAGUUUUUCUACUGGGUUGUAAACCCACUGGACCGCAGUGGAAUCACACCCAAGGGUCUCGAUGGGCCGAGACCAAAUCAGAAGGAGAUCCUCUCUCUCCGAGCGUUCCUGCUGCUGUUUGUCAAGCAACUUAUCAUGAAGGAUCAUGGCGUCAAGGAAGACGAACUGCAGAGUAUUCUGAACUACCUGCUCACAAUGCAUGAGGAUGAUAAUCUGAUGGAUGUUCUUCAGCUUCUGGUAGCACUGAUGUCUGAGCAUCCCAGCUCAAUGGUUCAAGCCUUCGAUCAGCGGAAUGGAAUACGGGUCAUCUUUAAGCUGCUUGCAUCCAAAAGUGAAGGGAUUCGUGUGCAGGCACUCAAAGUCUUGGGCUACUUUCUCAAAUAUUUGUCACCAAAGACAAAGUCAGAGGUGAUGCUGGCUCACGGUCUGUUCUCUCUGCUGACUGAACGAUUGAUGCUCCACUCGAACCAGUUCACAGUCACAACAUACAACGUGCUCUUUGAGAUUCUUACGGAGCAGAUCUGUACUCAGGUCAUUCACAAACAGCACCCAGACCCUGACUCCACUGUGAAGAUUCAAAACCCACAGAUCCUAAAAGUGAUAGCUGCUCUCUUAAAGAACGCUCCUCCAGGAACAGAAACCAUGGAAGCACGGCGUAUCUUCCUCUCAGACAUGAUCAAACUCUUCAACAACAGCCGGGAGAACCGCAGGAGUCUGUUGCAAUGCUCGGUGUGGCAGGAGUGGAUGCUGUCUCUGUGCUUUAUAAACCCCAAGAACAGCGAGGAGCAGAAGAUCACAGAGAUGGUGUACGCCAUCUUUCGCAUCCUCCUUUAUCACGCCAUUAAGUAUGAAUGGGGCGGCUGGCGCGUGUGGGUGGACACACUCUCCAUCACGCACUCCAAGGUCACCUUUGAGGAACACAAAGAGAAUCUGGCCCGCAUGUUCACUGAGUACCAGCGGAUGGGUUCUGAGGGAGGAUCUGAAAGCAGAAUCAGAACAAUAUCUGGCAUCAGUCACGAUUCUCAGUUCCUUGCCUCAGCCAAUGGUGAGCUGAAUGCAGAGGAGACCGCUCCAUCUACUGUAAUUGAGCUAUGUGUGGAGGAGAAGGUCACCGAUCAGCCUGGAGACAGUGAGGAAACGAGGACCCAGAUCCCAGUCACAGUGUCUAACAUUCUGGCUAGAGAUGAGGAAGAGAGACAGACAGACAGCAUUGCCGCUUCUCCACAGAAAGGGGAUGAAGGUGAACAAGACGCUACGAAAGAACCAGGAAAGGAUAAUGAAGUGAAAAGUUUGGAAGACAAUCAUAAAACGAAGGCUAACAUUGAUGGAGAGCUGGAAAGAGUUGAGGCUGACAUCACAAUGACUGAAGGUAGAGCUGAUCUGAGUGUGACAGAUGAUGCUGACAGUACUCAGACUGUGAAGCAGUACUCUGAAGCUGUGAAGAUGUCAGAUGAAGAUGAUGGCAAAACAAGCACUGCUGAAACUGAACUAAAUGUUCAGGUUGAAGAUAAAGAGAAAGGACCUGGAGAUUCUUCUCCUGAAGCUGUAAAGGAAGCCAGAGUGGAAGAAACCUCUGAGACUUCGGCCCACCAGGAGACCAGCACAACUUGGGCCUCCGUCACGAAUGAAGAUAGCGCCAAUGUUUCCUCAGUCAGCAACUUCGUAAAGGUCAGUGAUGACAGCACGGAGGAGUCUUCUUUUGUUUCAGCCACAGCUGGAGAGUCUGAUGACAAUGGUGCUGAAAAGGAAGAUGAAGGAAAGGAGAAAGAAAAGAAUCUAGAAACCGAUAAAGAUGUGAAGCCACUGCAAAAUGAGAAAGUAGAGGAAUCCGAGGAUGCACCAGCUGCCAUGAUGGAGGUGGAUUUAAACCAAAGCACCUCCACCGAUGAGACCAAGCUUCACACAGAGACUACAGCGUCUACAGCUAGCCCUAGCACUGAGAGUGUCUCGCAGGAUCCAGGAACUAACCAAGACACUCUGAAGACAGCAGGGACCGAGACCUUAGCAACUAAAACCAAAGAGAUUAAAAUUGCUAGACUGGAUGUGUCAAGUGUGGCCUCAGACACAGAGAGACUGGAGCUGAAGGACGCCUCAACAACAAACCUGAGCCCAAAUCAGGCAACUGCCUCAAGCCCCUCAGCUCAGGGCAAUGAGGGCUCGUCUUCAGCACGGUCCACCAUGUUCCGUAUCCCAGAGUUCAAGUGGUCUCAUAUGCACCAGCGUCUUUUGACCGACCUGCUGUUCUCCAUCGAGACCGAUGUGCAGAUGUGGAGAAGUCAUUCGACUAAGACAGUUAUGGACUUUGUGAACAGCAGUGAGAACGUGAUGUUUGUGCACAACACUGUCCAUCUAGUCUCUCAGGUGGUGGACAACCUCAUCAUGGCCUGUGGAGGAAUCCUUCCUCUGCUGUCUGCAGCCACCUCUUCUUCGCAUGAGCUGGAGAACAUUGAGCCGUCUCAGGGUUUGGCUGUGGAGGCGUCACUGAUGUUCUUGCAGAGGCUGAUCAAUCUCGUGGACGUGCUGAUCUUCGCCAGUUCACUCAACUUCACUGAAAUUGAAGCAGAGAAGAACAUGUCUUCUGGAGGAAUCCUGAGACAAUGCCUGCGUCUGGUGUGCGCGAUGGCUGUGAGAAACUGUCUGGAAUGUCAGCAGCACACUCUGGGUAAGUCUGGUGCAGAGAGCAGCCGUGGACAGCAAAGCCUUCUGGGAGCCGCCAAGUCUAUACCAGCACAGAGUCCUGUGGACAUUGUGACAGGAGGGAUGUCUCCUAUCAGAGAUUUAGACCGGCUUCUGCAGGACAUGGACAUCAAUCGUCUCCGUGCUGUAGUGUUCAGAGACAUAGAGGACAGUAAACAGGCUCAGUUCCUGGCCCUGGCAGUGGUCUACUUCAUCUCUGUACUCAUGGUAUCCAAAUAUCGAGACAUCCUUGAGCCACACAAUGACAAAAGACAUGCCCAGCGCUCACAGUCUGUCAGGAGCACAGAGAGUGUUCAGUCUGAUCUUGAGAACGGUUUGUCUCAUCAUCGAGAAUCUAGUAUUGAGGAUGCGAAAACCUCAGUCAUCCCCAGUGAUGCCGAGACACGGACCGGCCCAGAUGCUGUAUCUGAAGCCCUGUCUACUUUGUCCUCUGAAGUCAGGAGAGGUCAGGAGGUCACUGAUAGAGACAGCAAAGGAAAAAACGUCAAUGUCAAGGAUAUUCUGAGAAGUCUGGUUGGUGCUCCCUCUGAUGACAUUAUGGUGGACCCUAGCCUUAUACCGCCCGGGUUUCUGGGUGCAGUGGGCGAUGCUUCCCGUGACCAGUCCGUCCAGUUUCACUCCUUUGACAGGAGUGUUGUUGUGGCACCUAAGAAAAUGGGUGGGACUCCCUCACCAGGAAUGAGUACAGUCUCCGCAGCUGCAUCCGUCCCAUCAGCCACUGCUGCAUCCUCAGGUGAAACUACAGACAACAGUGUGUCAGUGGUGUCUGCAGGAGAAGCUGUUCAGAGCACAGAGUCCGCCCCAGGAGGAACCUCCACCAGCUCCAACCUGCCAUCUGUCCCUGCUUUACCCCCAGUGACCCAGAGCUCCACCCCCAACAUGAGUAUCUCAGAGAGGUUGGAACAUGCUCUGGAGAAGGCAGCUCCUUUACUCCGAGAGAUUUUUGUGGAUUUCGCACCGUUCCUCUCUCGCACACUGCUGGGCAGUCACGGACAGGAGCUGCUCAUCGAGGGCACCAGUCUUGUGUGCAUGAAGUCCAGCAGUUCUGUGGUUGAACUGGUCAUGCUGCUGUGUUCUCAGGAGUGGCAGAAUUCCAUCCAGAAGAACGCGGGCUUGGCCUUCAUCGAGCUUGUGAACGAGGGCAGACUGCUGAGCCACACCAUGAAGGACCAUCUGGUGCGUGUAGCUAAUGAGGCCGAGUUCAUUCUGAGCCGCCAGAGAGCAGAGGACAUCCACAAGCACGCGGAGUUUGAGUCUCAAUGUGCUCAGUAUGCCGCUGAGAAACGCGAUGAGGAGAAGAUGUGCGAUCACCUGAUCAGGGCCGCCAAGUACCGGGAUCACGUCACGUCCACCCAGCUCAUCCAGAAGAUUGUGAACAUCCUCACAGAUAAGCACGGAGCCUGGGGCUGCUCUACUUUCAGCAGAUCGCGGGAGUUCUGGCGCCUGGACUACUGGGAAGAUGACCUGAGGAGACGUCGGCGCUUCAUCAGGAACCCGUUUGGGUCCACACACUCUGAGGCCACGCUCAAGGCUGCAGCAGAGCAUGCUCCAGAGGAGGACGUGCUGAAAGGCAAACAGUCCAUCAGGAGUUCAGUGCUGGGGAAUCAGAACUCAGAGAGUGAGCUGCUCUUGGAGGACGAUGACACUCUCUCAUCCUUGGAGGAGAAAGACUUGGAGAACCUCACAGGGCCUGUUAACCUGAGCACCAGCGCACUGUUGGUUGCACCCGCUGUAGUGGUAAAAGGCACACUGUCCAUCACGGCCCUGGAGUUAUACUUUGAGGUGGAUGAAGAAGACCCGAGUUUUAAGAACAUUGAUCCCAAGAUUUUGGCCUACACAGAGGGUCUGCAUGGGAAAUGGCAGUUCACAGAGAUCAGGGCAGUUUUCUCUCGCCGCUAUCUGCUACAGAAUACAGCGCUGGAGGUCUUCAUGGCCAACAGAACGGCAGUCAUGUUCAACUUCCCAGAUGCAGCCACAGUGAAAAAGGUGGUGCACUGUCUCCCCAGAGUUGGAGUCGGCACGAAUUUCGGCCUUCCUCAGACCAGACGGAUUUCUCUGGCCAGUCCGAAACAGCUCUACAAGGCCUCCAACUUGACCCAGCGCUGGCAAAGACGAGAGAUCUCCAACUUUGAGUACCUUAUGUUCCUCAACACCAUCUCUGGCCGUACGUUUAACGAUCUGAACCAGUAUCCUGUGUUCCCCUGGGUAAUCACCAACUACGACAGCGAAGAUCUCGACCUCACUCUCCCCAGCAACUACAGAGAUCUGUCCAAGCCCAUUGGUGCACUCAACCCAAAGAGGGCUGCAUUCUUCUCUGAACGCUUUGAAUCAUGGGAGGAUGAGCAGGUGCCCAAAUUCCACUACGGCACGCACUAUUCCACCUCCAGCUUUACUCAGAUGUGGCUACUGAGGAUUGAGCCUUUCACGACAUUCUUCCUGAAUUUCCAAGGUGGGAAAUUUGACCACGCAGAUCGCACUUUCUCCUCAGUGUCCAGAGCCUGGAGAAACUGCCAGAGGGACACGUCUGAUGUGAAGGAGCUGAUCCCUGAGUUCUAUUACCUCCCUGAGAUGUUUGUCAACUCCAAUAAUUACAACCUGGGAGUGAUGGAUGAUGGGACGGUGGUGUCAGAUGUGGAGCUGCCGCUCUGGGCCAAGAGUCCUGAGGAGUUCGUUCGCAUCAACCGACUCGCUCUGGAGAGUGAGUUUGUGUCCUGUCAGCUGCAUCAGUGGAUCGAUCUGAUAUUCGGAUACAAGCAGCAGGGACCUGAGGCCGUCAGAGCUCUCAAUGUCUUCUACUACCUGACUUAUGAAGGAGCAGUCAACCUCAGCUCCAUAUCUGACCCCAUGCUCAGAGAGACCCCACUGAUGUUCACAGAGCAGAUGCAGCAGGACGUCAUCAUGGUACUCAAGUUCCCGUCCAACUCGCCUGUCACCCACGUGGCCGCCAACACACAGCCAGGCCUGACCAACCCAGCGGUCAUCACAGUCACCGCCAACCGCCUCUUCGCCGUCAACAAGUGGCACGGCCUCACUGGUCAUCAGAGCGCGUCUGUGCAAGACCAGCAGUACCAGUUACCGGUUGAGAUUGACCCUUUGAUAGCCAAUAAUGUGGGCAUUCACAGGAGGCAGAUCUCAGAUCUGUUAGAUCAGAGCAUCCAGGUAAAUGCUCAGUGUUUUAUCAUCACGGCCGACAACCGCUUCAUGCUGCUCUGUGGCUUCUGGGACAAGAGCUUCCGCGUCUACUCCACUGAUACAGGUAAACUGACACAGAUUGUGUUUGGCCAUCUUGAUGUGGUGACGUGUCUGGCGCGCUCAGAGUCAUACAUUGGCGGAGACUGUUACGUUCUGUCCGGCUCCAGAGACGCCACAUUACUGCUCUGGUACUGGAACGGCAAGCACAGCAGCAUUGGAGAGAACCCUGGGACAGAAUUCGUGACUCCUCGGACGAUCCUGACGGGUCAUGAUUGUGAAGUCACGUGUGCGAGUGUGUGUGCAGAGCUGGGACUGGUCAUCAGUGGCUGCAAAGAGGGUCCGUGUCUCGUCCACUCUAUGAACGGUGACCUGUUGAGGACUCUGGAGGGUCCAGACGGCUGCGUGCGGCCCCGUUUGGUUCUGUCCUCCACCGAGGGUCACUGUGUCAUUUAUUAUGACAAGGGCCACUUCUGUGUGUUCAGCAUCAACGGAAAACUGUUGGGACAUAUGGAGGUGGAAGACAGCAUGAAGGCGAUGCUGCUCAGUAAAGAUGGCCAGUAUCUGCUGACCGGAGGAGACGCAGGAGUUCUCAGCAUCUGGCAGAUUCAUGAUCUCAAGCAGCUCUUCACUUACCCUGGAUGUGAUGCUGGAAUACGCUCUAUGGCUAUGUCACAUGACCAAAGAUGCAUCAUCACUGGGAUGGCGUCUGGUAGCAUUGUUCUGUUCUACAAUGACUUCAACAGAUGGCACCACGAAUACCAAACUAGAUACUGACCCCGUGAGGCCACAGAGGGAACAGAGCAACCACGACCCUUCAUACAGACACUACCAACUACCAAGAGGCAUGAAUGUAUUCUAAAUAUUUAAAAAGCAAAACUAUUUUUUAAAAAUGGCAUUGCUAUAUUUUGUAGAUCUUAUUGAAUUUCUUACUAUAUAAAUCCUAGGGAGGGGUUAUAUACCUAAUAUCUGGAGGAAAAAAAUCUAUUUUUAGCCGUCGAAGUCUAUUUUCACCUUUGCUCUUGUGAAAAAGACUGGUCAAUAGCUAGACGACUCUAUUUGUGUAUAGUGUCUAUGGAUAGCUGAUUAGUUUGUGUAACUUAGGGAGGGUGAGUUUGUUUUUUAAUUCUUUCCUUCUCAUUUGCUGUGAUUAUUUUGACAGGAUGCCUCUAAACGUCAUGUUUUGUAGUUUAAUAGCUCAGUUCCUGAAGCUAACAGGAAGCUGCCUCAUUUUUUGGGGAGAAUUAUGGGAAUUAUAUUCAUAGAUUAAAUAGAUAGCCGUCUGCAGACAUAUCAAGGCAUCCACUUCAAAUGUUCACUUUAUGAAUGGAAAAGUGGCCUCAAAUGAGAGAAAUCUGAAGUUUUGUUGAAACGUGAGUGGACCUCUUGUGUGAUCAUGUAAUGAUGUUGCUUUAGAAACUGAAGGGAUAUGAUUCUGCAUAUGAAGGGAUAGUAAUUUAGAAAUUAUAUUAAUUAUCUUCAUGGUUUGGGGUGUGUGUUUUUAUCUUUUUUGUUUGUUCCACAUCUAUCAAGUGUUCCAGAACGUAACCAUUUUUUUUCUUUUCUUUGAGGAGAUGCAAGUGAUGAUAAAAAAUAUUAAUGUCCAUUUCAAGUGUCAUCAAAUAGUCUUUUUGUCAUUUCACCACUGUGCUUUUACCCUUAGUGUAUGCAGACAUGAAUGAGGGCAGAGCGUCAUAUUUUGUUAGCAAUCUAAGUUGAGAUCAAAACUAAAAUGGGAUAAAAAAAUUUAAAAAAACAUUAUAAUAUUUCACUAUAUGUGGUUCAUAAUACAACCGGCUCAAGAUAUAACCCUAUAGAUCACACUCAGGGCAAGCAGGGGUCUGUCAAAUUACAAAGAAGAGUUUAUUUCUUGGUUUGAGUCAGCUAUGGUGUGAUUCUGACAUUGACAAUGCAGUCCGAUUCCUUUGGUUUGGUUUGGUUCGUUACUGUUGUAUCAUGUUAUAUCUCGGCUAAAUCACAAUCAGAUUGGAAUGAGCGUCUUAUGACGUGUGUGAUGAACUCAAAAAAUAAAAUGGCAUUUUGUACCAAUAAAAAAA